ACGCUAUCGAUGUAUCAAUAUCGAUACCUUGAUAGUAAACAGAGAGAGGGAGAUAAAAAAAAGGUGUGCAGUGCAAAAUUUCGAAAAUACAGUUGUAGGCAUUUAAGCUGCGGAAAUGGCAUUUAGUUAUGCUGCACUAACAUACAUUAUUGCAUUAAUAAUUGAUGCUCUCUUAAUAUUUUCAGCAAUAUUUCAUGUUAUAGCUUUCGAUGAACUGAAGACUGAUUAUAAAAACCCCAUCGAUCAGUGCAAUAAUUUGAAUCCGCUUGUCUUACCUGAAUAUCUGGUACAUCUUUUCUUUAAUAUAUUGUUCCUCACGGCUGGAGAAUGGUUUUCACUGUGUUUGAAUAUUCCACUCAUUGCAUAUCACUUUCACAGGUACCGGACUCGUCCUGUCAUGUCAGGCCCUGGGCUGUACGAUCCCACAAGCAUAAUGAAUGCAGAUGUAUUAAACAGGUGCCAGAAAGAAGGCUGGAUUAAGCUCGCAUUUUAUUUAUUAUCAUUUUUCUAUUACUUGUAUGGCAUGAUCUACUCCCUCAUAUCAAACUAAACUGCAGCUGGGAGCCUGUGCAUACAGUAUUCAUUACCUCUGGUCACAAUUAUAGUCAUGGACAACUGUGUGUGUUUGUGUGCUCAUACAUCACAGUGUUGCAAAUAUCUCCUAAGUAGCAGAAUGGGAGUGUUUCACCACUAUUCAUAAAAACUUGGCUGUUAUCUUAUUUGCAUGUAACUGGUCAGCUCCAUUUUUUAGAUGUGAUUUGUACAAAAUACUGUAGAUUAAUGAACUUUAAUAUAAACAGUUUUUAUAAUUA